AGUAUUACUGUAUUUUGAGGCUCAGUUUUCAGAUGUAUGAAAAGAAGAGUGAAAUUUUAUCGGAUUUGUUAUUAACUUUUUUACAUGCACACAUUAAAUGAAAACGUAAAGCGGGAGAAUUCGGUUUAUUUUCUGUGAUUAUUUAAAAUGGCUAGUACUUCAUUAAUGCCUAAAGGGGUUAUAUCAAUUAAUGGCAAAAGUGGUAACUCACUUGUUUCUCAACCUAAACAAGAUAUUAAUCCAUCUUCAUCAAAUAAUAUUCAAGAUACAAAAUCGGAUGAGACAUUAACUCAAGAGAAAAACAAUGUAGCCGCCUUGCAGAAAGCCAUUGUUGCCAUGGAAGAAAAGGGUCUUCAAGCAGAUCCAAGAUAUUCUCAGUUAUUAGCUCUAAAGGCCAGGGUUUCGGGCAUAGGAGAUACAAACUCUAUUUUAUCCACAAAUCAAAUGAAACAACUUAGAAGCCAAAUUAUGGCCUACAGAUGUUUAGCAAGAAAUCAACCAGUUCCUUCUUCAAUAGUUGUGGGAUUAAAUAGCCAUGGACCGGAAAAACUAAAUCAUAUCCAAGAACUUCAAAAAAAAUCAGAUAUAACAAAAAGUGGGCAAACAGAUACUCAACUUGUUCAAAACCAACAGAAACCUUCUGAUUCAGAAUUAUCUGUUAAGCAAGAAAUUUCACUGACCACAUUAACAAAACCUCACACUAUAGAUCCAGUAGUUCUAUUACAAGAGAGGGAAAACAGAGUUGCUGCUCGUAUUGCAGCACGUAUUGAACAAGUUAGCAAUCUACCAACAGACAUGUCUGAUAAAUUACGUAUACAGGCACAAAUUGAAUUGAGAGCAUUGAGAUGUCUCAAUCUUCAGAGACAACUUCGCAAUGAGGUUUUGAGUUGCGUUCGAAGGGAUACUACUUUGGAAACAGCAGUUAAUGUUAAAGCUUUUAAAAGGACAAAACGUCAAGGAUUGCGAGAAGCUAGAGCCACUGAAAAAUUGGAAAAGCAACAGAAGUUGGAAGCUGAAAGAAAGAAACGGCAGAAAAAUCAAGAAUUUUUAAAUAAUGUCUUGACACAUGCGAAAGAGUUUAAAGAAUUUCAUAGGCAGAACCAAACGAAAAUAUCUAAACUCAAUAAAGCCAUUAUGACUUAUCAUGCUAAUGCAGAGAGGGAACAAAAGAAGGAACAAGAAAGAAGAGAAAAGGAGCGAAUGAAGAAAUUGAUGGCUGAAGAUGAAGAAGGUUACAGACAACUCAUUGAUCAAAAGAAAGACAAACGUUUGGCUUUCUUAUUGUCUCAGACGGAUGAAUACAUCAGUAAUCUUACGGAGAUGGUGAAACAACACAAAAUUGAACAAAAUAAUAAGAAAAAAGAGGAAGAGCGACGCAAACGGAGACAGGAAAAACUACAACAGCCAGAUAGAAAAGUUACAGUCAUUGAAAUUGCCACUGGAAAUAAAGUUAGUGGAGAAAAUGCACCAACAGUUAAGGAUCUACCAGAAUGGUUGCAACAACAUCCUGGUUGGGAAAUGGUUGAUUCUGAAGAUGAAGAGGAAAGUGAUGAAGAAAGAGGCGAAGAUGAUUAUGAUGAAAAUAAAGAAAUCGAUGCUAAAGAAGUUAUCGAAAAAGCAAAAGUUGAAGAUGAUGAGUACCAUAAAAAUACAACUGAAGAACAAACCUACUAUGGCAUAGCUCAUACAGUAAGUGAAACUGUUACAUCACAAGCAUCAAUUAUGGUGAAUGGUCAACUAAAAGAAUACCAAAUCAAGGGUUUGGAAUGGAUGGUUUCGCUGUAUAACAAUAAUCUAAAUGGAAUAUUGGCUGAUGAAAUGGGUUUAGGAAAAACUAUUCAAACCAUUGCCCUUAUAACUUAUUUGAUGGAAAGGAAAAAAGUGAAUGGACCAUUUUUGAUAAUUGUGCCAUUGUCAACUAUUUCAAAUUGGAUGUUGGAAUUUGAAAAAUGGGCUCCAACAGUUGUAGUCGUUUCUUAUAAGGGAUCACCUUGUACAAGAAAGUUGAUACAAAGUCAAAUGAAAUCUACAAAAUUCAAUGUUCUACUCACUACUUACGAAUAUAUAAUUAAAGAUAAAGGUGUACUUUCUAAAGUUCCUUUCAAAUAUAUGAUCGUAGAUGAAGGGCACCGUAUGAAGAAUCAUCAUUGCAAAUUGACUCAAACAUUGAAUACACAUUACAUGGCACCCUAUCGUUUACUUUUAACAGGUACUCCAUUGCAGAAUAAAUUACCAGAAUUGUGGGCGCUGUUAAAUUUCUUACUACCGUCCAUAUUUAAGAGUUGCUCUACGUUUGAACAAUGGUUCAAUGCUCCAUUCGCUACUACUGGUGAAAAGGUGGAAUUGAACGAGGAAGAAACUAUUCUGAUCAUUCGACGUCUUCAUAAAGUUCUUAGACCGUUUUUAUUGAGAAGGUUGAAAAAAGAAGUAGAGUCACAGCUUCCCGAUAAAGUGGAAUAUAUAAUAAAAUGCGAAAUGUCUGGUCUACAAAAAGUUCUUUACCAGCACAUGCAAAGUAGAGGAGUCUUAUUAACAGACGGUUCUGAAAAGGGCGGUAGAGGUAGAGGAGGCGGAGUUAAAGCCAUAAUGAAUACCAUUAUGCAGUUGAGAAAGUUAUGUAAUCAUCCAUUCAUGUUUCAAGCAAUCGAAGAGAAGUAUUGUGAUUUUGUUGGAAUGGCUGGUGGUCUAACAUCUGGACCCGAUAUCUAUAGGGCGUCUGGUAAAUUUGAAUUAUUGGAAAGAGUAUUGCCGAAAUUGAAGAUCAGAAAUCAUCGUGUCCUCUUGUUCUGUCAAAUGACUACUUUGAUGAACAUCAUGGAAGAUUAUCUGAUAUGGAGAGGUUACAAAUACUUGAGAUUAGAUGGUAUGGUUAAAUCCGAAGACCGGGCAGAUUUACUCAAACGUUUUAACGCCAAAGAUAGCGAAUAUUUCUUGUUCUUAUUAUCUACGAGAGCCGGUGGUUUAGGUUUGAAUUUGCAAAGUGCAGAUACAGUCAUUAUAUUCGAUUCCGAUUGGAACCCUCAUCAGGAUUUACAAGCCCAAGAUCGUGCCCAUCGUAUAGGUCAACAAAACGAAGUUAGAGUUUUGCGUUUGAUGACAGUUAACUCUGUAGAAGAACGUAUAUUGGCGGCCGCCAAAUAUAAAUUAAUUAUGGACGAAAAGGUCAUUCAAGCUGGUAUGUUCGAUCAAAAAUCGACGGGAUCCGAACGACACCAAUUUCUUCAAAGUAUUCUACAUCAUGAUGGUAGCGACGAAGAGGAGGAAAAUGAAGUGCCUGACGAUGAAACGGUCAAUCAGAUGUUGGCCAGAAACGAAGAAGAAUUCCAACUUUUCCAAAAAAUGGAUAUGGAAAGAAAGGAAUUGGAAAAAUUCGGUAAACCUCGAUUAAUACAAGAAAGUGAAUUGCCAGAAUGGUUGCUGAAACAAGGAGAGGAAAUGGAUUCUUGGGGUUUAGAUGAUCAAGAUACAAUAUUAGGAAGAGGUAGUCGGCAAAGGAAGGAAGUCGAUUAUGCGGAUAGUUUGACUGAAAAAGAAUGGCUCAAAGCCAUCGAUGAAGAUGGAAAUUACGAAGACGACGAUGAAGAGGAGAAAGAACCAAAGAAAAAAAGAGGUAGGAAGAAAAAGAGACGAGACGAAGAAGAAGAAGCGAGUACUACGAAAAGGCGUAAAGUUCAUUUAGAAGAGAUAAAACUAAAGAAAAAAAUGAAGAUGUUGAUGAAUAUUGUUAUUAACUACAAAGAUAGAGAUGAAAGACAACUCAGUGAUCCUUUCAUUAAAUUACCAUCUAGGAAAGAUUUGCCUGGCUAUUAUGCUGUUAUAAAGAAACCAAUUGAUAUUGCAAAAAUUUUAUCAAAUAUUGACGAAGGCAAAUAUUACAGUAUGCUAGAUAUGGAACGCGAUUUCAUGUUGCUCUGCCAAAACGCUCAACAAUACAAUGAGGAAGCUUCCAUCAUUCACGAAGAUAGUAUUGUUUUGCAACAAGUUUUUAUGAGCGCCAAAGAAAAAAUCGAAGCCGCCGGAGAUAUGGACUACGGUCAAGAUAAUACCCAAACAGAAACUGGUGAAAAGAAAGAAAAAAUUAAACGUCCUCGUGGUAGACCGAGAAAAAUUAGACCGCCAGAAGAAGUUCCUCCGAUGCCAACACCACCCGCACCGGCGCCAGUAUCACUUGUUCCGACGCCUCCGCCACAAAUGGAAGAAUCCUAAAUAGUGAUAGUUACCGAUUACAAUUGCUUCUACCGAAAUGUUGAUUGAGUAAUUAUAGUGUCAAAAAUGUCGAAUUGAAGCAACUGCGAAUUCGGUUAUCAAGUAUCUGACUUUAUAUACCGAGUUUGAGACAUUUUAAUGAGGGAAACUUUUGAAUUAGUUGCUAUUUUUGUGUAUAGAACUGAAAAAUUAUUGCGUUCUACGGAAAGUGUAAAUCUGUAGCUGGAGAUUACAAGUUUCAAACAGAAAUUUAGUUAGGUGAAGUUAAGGUUUUGAUACAAAAUAUAUCAUAUGUGAAGAAUAUAUCCAAACAAAACAAAAAUAGUAAAAUACUAAAGUUAAUAAAACAAGUAUCAUUAUAAAGUAAAUGUUUUUCUAAAUGUCCACUGAUGUUUUUCUAUUUUAAUAACUGAACAAGUUGGAAGUUGAUUUUUAUUUAGGCAAUGUAUAUCAUAAUAUGAAUUUAUUUAUUGUCAC